AUGCCGCACCGCUCGCGCGAUCGUCACCGCGGCUACGAACCAGAAUGGCAACAUCAGAGGGAAGCGAGUCGGCACAGAUAUCGCGAUAACCGAGACGACUACGAUUACAACCACGACGACAUAAUUGACGCGGAGGAGAAGCGAUAUGCUGGGCCUGGGCGGCAGCGGUCCCGACACCACGGCGAGUCGCGAUUGCGAUCCCACCGUCGAUACGACCCUCAUGACAGAUACGAGGAUGGAGGCAUUGAGGAUGACGAGGAUGACGAUUACGAUGAUGAUGAUGAAGAUGAAGAAGAAAGCGAGAUAAUUGUUGUUGAUUCCAGGCCGAAUUUUGCUAGACCACCGAAUGUGCGGCCAAGUCCUCGACGAAUAACACCGCCACCUUAUAUCAGCGGAAGAGAGAGGUCGAGACAUCAUAAAGCGAAAGAAUCUCCUGCCACGUCACCGGUGAAGAAAAGGGAUCGGGAGCGCGAUAGAGAGGGUCAUCGCAGGCGGCGGGAUAGUACGGCAGAUGAUGAUGCGCACGCCCGGGCUAGACUGCGUGAUCGAGCUGCGAGAGAAAAGUAUCGAGAAAAGGACAUAGCGGAUGCCCGGGCGCGCAGCAGGGACGAACCAAAAAGAUCGAGGCACUGGGAGCGGGAACGUGUUCGGGAAAAGCAUGCGAGUUCGGGUUCGGCGAAUAGUGCUACGCAACUGCUGAGCGCGAAUGCAUUAUCCAAGCUCAAUGAAUAUAAUGCAAAACGGGAUGCUACCGAGCGGCAACGCGAGGCUAGGGAUGAAAAGGCCCGUCGUGAAAAGGAGAAACGACGGAGGAAGAAAGAAGGAAUGUUUGUUGGGAAGGGGCGUGAUCGUGAUGUCUCGCGGGAGAGAGGAAGGGAGAAGAGCAAGAAAAGGCUUGUCUCUGGUGCGAUGAUGGAAGAAGGACGUGGCCCGGAGCUACGGGUACGAGGAGGGGGUCGACAUCGGGAAAAAGAGAGAGACGACGGUGGUGGUGGGAAAUGGUAUCAGAAUUGGAGCAAAAAGAAGAAAAUUUGGGUGAUUGUUGGAAUUGUGGCUUUGCUCUUGAUCAUUAUCAUUCCGAUCGGUGUGGUGGUUUCGAAUAAGAAAAAUGAUACAGAGGAUUCGCCGGGACGGGCCGAUUCCGAUCCACCAAACGACAACUUGAAGGAUAUUGACCGCAGUAGUAUUCCGGAAAAUGCUAGAGGUACAUAUCUCGAUCCGUUUACCUGGUACGAUACAACGGACUUUAAUGUGACGUUCACGGAUGAGACUGUUGGCGGACUCCCGAUAAUGGGAUUGAAUUCUGCCUGGGAUGACUCUACGCGAGCGAACGAUCACGUCCCGCCUCUAGAUAAAUCGUUCCCUUACGGAAAACAACCCAUCCGCGGCGUCAAUGUGGGAGGAUGGCUUUCCAUCGAACCGUUUAUUACCCCUUCAUUUUUCGAAAGAUACUCCGCGCAAGACGGCGUCGUCGACGAGUACACACUGACAAAGCGCCUUGGUUCAACCGCAAAAGCUACAUUGGAAAAGCAUUAUGCUACGUUCAUUACCGAGGCAUCUUUUAGGCAAAUGCGAGAUGCUGGGCUCGAUCAUGUGCGGAUACCGUACUCCUACUGGAUGGUGAAGACAUUUGACGAUGAUCCCUAUGUCGAGCAGGUGGCUUGGAGGUAUCUUCUGCGAGCCAUCGAGUAUUGCAGGAAGUAUGGCCUUCGGGUCAAAUUGGACAUGCAUGGGGUGCCUGGCAGUCAGAAUGGCUGGAACCACAGCGGGCGACAGGGCGCAAUCGGCUGGCUGAAUGGUACCGAUGGGGAUAAAAAUGCUCAGCGUGCUUUGGAUAUUCAUGAUCAACUCUCCAAGUUCUUUGCGCAACCACGGUAUAAGAAUGUCGUCACGAUAUAUGGCCUUGCGAAUGAGCCUUUGCUACUCAAACUCGAUAUAGAGCCUGUUUUGGAUUGGACAAAAAAGGCAGCCGAGAUCGUUUCAAAAAAUGGUAUGAAGCAAUAUAUCGUUUUUGGAGAUGGGUUUUUAAAACUGUCCAAGUGGAAGACGAUAUUACAGGAUACUGGGUACAAUUUCCUCCUUGAUACACACCAGUACACGAUUUUCAACACGGCCUUGGUUAGCCUGACGCACAAGAAGAAACUCGAAUUCGUCUGUGAUGGGUGGGUAGAACUGAUCAGUGAGAGCAAUUCAAAAAAUACUGGUUGGGGCCCAAUCAUCUGUGGGGAAUGGUCCCAAGCUGACACUGACUGCGCCAAAUACCUUAACAAUGUAAACGUUGGCACCCGCUGGACGGGUACCAUGGACAGUCCAACGGCCAAAGACCAAGUUUUCAAGCCCCUUUGCCCGAAUGAGGACAAGUCAACAUGCAGCUGUGACGGGGCCAAUGCUGAUCCGUCUAAUUACUCAGAUGAGUAUAAGAAGUUCCUGCAAACAUAUGCGGAAGCGCAGAUGUCUGCCUUUGAGAAGGGCUGGGGAUGGUUCUACUGGACAUGGGAAACAGAAUCGGCGGUGCAAUGGAGCUGGAGACGUGGAUUGGAAGCAGGCAUCCUGCCGAAGAAGGCGUAUGAGCCGACAUUUAAGUGUGGAGAUGAUUUUCCGGAUUUGGGCAAUUUACCGGAAUAUUAUUAA